AUGGUCGCCAGUUGCUGCAUGGUUGAAUUUGGAUAUGAUGGCACCGUCUUCUCUUCCAUCCACGUGCUGCCCACUUGGGUCGACUAUUUCAACAACCCGAAUCCAAUUCUCGUCGGCGCCAUCAAUACCGCUAUAGCGUGUAUGCGAUCGUCUUCGGUUUUUUUAUCAGCCCGACAGGCGGCAUUGCGGAAAGGCCCGUGGAAGCUGAAUUUCGUUAACAAGCCAUUUGGACCAGAAGCGUGGAAGCUCUACAAUGUGCUUGAAGACCCCGGUGAAGUGCACGACUUGAAAGAAGAGCGUAAUGAUAAGUUGGAGGAACUCCUGGCGCAUUGGCACGAUUAUGCCCGCGAGACUGGAGUGGUAGGCUUCAAGCCAGAGUUUGCCAGCUUGAUGGCGCAGCUCCCCGACGAGAUGGAGAAUCCUGUUAAUUGGAUGAAGUUUGAGACCAGUCGGAGCGUUAUGACAAGGAUUAUAGAAGGUUUUACAUAA